AUGGUACCUAGAUUGACGACUGCACUCCUUGCGCUGUUGCCGCUCGCGGCAGCAUGGCCACAAGUCAUGGAGAUGAACGACAGAAUGAAGAAGCGGGAAGAACCUGGUCCACGCGCGCCAGUCUUCAAAUCCGGGCGUCCCAAUACUGGGCUACCCGCGCUCACAUUCAAUGCUCAAGAACAAUUCAUCAAUGUCACACAAGGCAGUGGACAUGAGUUUGUCUCGCCUGGGUCCGGAGAUAUCAGGGGCCAAUGUCCUGGAUUGAAUGCUGCUGCCAAUCAUGGUUUCUUACCGCGGAACGGCAUUGUGAGCACAGAGCAAACCAUAUCUGGACUCGGGGAGCUGUACAGCAUGUCUCCAGACCUCGCAUUGUUCCUCGCUGUGGUUUCAACUGCUUUGGCAGGCGAUCCAGUGACCGGACAAUGGUCGAUUGGUGGAGCAUUUCCUGCAACACUACCAAUUUUCCCUGCUACAGGUAUCGCUGGCACGCACAACCAGUACGAAGGCGAUGCUUCUAUUGUCAGGGGUGAUGCCUACCUUAAUGGUGGUAGGGUGGGUGUCUUCCAGAUGCGAUCAUGGGAGCACUUGUACAGUCUAGCCGAGGAAUAUACUCUGGACGACGUCGCUGCUCAAUCCGAUUAUAAUACGCGAUGGAGUGUCGCAAACAACCCGUAUUACUUCUCGGGUCCAUUCUCUGGCAUGGUUGCUCCUGCUGCUCACAACUUCGUCAUCCAUUUCAUGUCGAACCACAGCGCUGAAAAGCCAGGCGGCACUUUGACACGCGAGGUUCUCAAAUCUUUCUUUGCAGUUACUGGGGAUGGACCCGGCAACUUUGUCCACAACCGAGGCCAGGAACGCAUUCCAGACAACUGGUACAAACGACCCUUUGCGAACGCUUACAAUAUACCCGAGGUUCUAGUAGAUGUUCAGGUUAUGAACGCUAUGUACCCCGGUAUCGUGCGCGUUGGUGGAAAUACAGGUACAACCAACUCUUUCACAGGUGUCAACUUGGGAGACUUAACCGGUGGUGUUUUCAACGCAGGCAGCCUCGCAGAGGGAAAUAAUGGUGCCUGCUUCCUCUUGCAGGCGUCGUUGGCAGGACUACCCGACAUAUCCAAUCCACUACUGGGCGCCGUUGGUUCAGUUCUUGGCUGGGCGAAGCAGCAGCUGGGCCCAUUGAGUUCGCAAUUUGGCUGCCCGCAGCUCGCCAACUUUGACAACCAGUUAUUCACCCCGUACCCUGGUUACGGCUACAAGACCUCUGGACUCAGAGUUUAG